GUUGACAGUUUGUGGAAAAUCGUCACGGUGCGCGCAUCAACGAAAAUUCGUUGCGGAAAAACAAGAGCCCACGGGGGAAAAUUUAUCUUGUUGCUAGAGUUUGGCUUUAAGGCUAUACAGCUGCCGAGUGCAUCGUUUAGGUGUUAAUUCCAAUUGGAAUAUGCGCGCCUCUGUCUGAGGCGGGGCAAAGUGCCAAACGCACUGUGAAAUAUUUAAACGCAAAAUGCGCGCCAUAUUAUAAAAUUCGCAUUCAUAUUGAAAAGUGUGCGCUGCAAUAGCAAUUUGUUUGCGAGUGCCAACAGAGAAAACAACAAAGAAUUUACAACAAUUAAAUCAAGCAGUCAUUAGUUAAACAAUAAAAGCGCCAAGUUCUUAGUUAAGUUGCCAUUUAUCGCUGCAAUGGAGAAGAACUUUAAAGGCCUCUUCACAAUCGGAUUAUUUCUGGCUCUGCUCGGCGGCGGCCAAACGCAUUUGAAUAUAUUUUUGAAUCUACACGAGGUGCUGCGUCUAAUCGGCGUUUCCGCGGAGCUCUACUAUGUGCGGGAGGGCGCCAUCAAUGACUACGCGCUGAACUUUGCGGUGCCGGUGCCGGCGAACAUAAGCGAUGUUACGUUUACCUGGCAGUCGCUGGUGGAGCAUCCGCUGCCCUACAGCAUCAAUGUGGCCACCUCGGAUGUGGGUGUUCUGCCACGCCCGAUGCUGAACAUCUCGCGCAUUGGCGAUGUGCCCCAGGAGCCGCAGACAUGGGGCGUCAGCCUCAAGUGCUCGGGCACGCGGGCAGCGGAGGUAACCGUUACCAUCAGUGUAGAGGUGAUACUGGACCGGGCGACCAACAACAAUACGAAUCUCAUCUUUAAACGUAAGAAAAUUUGCUUGAAGGACGAGCCAAACGACGCACGGGAGGAAUACGAUGACGAGGAACCACUGCAUCCGGACCUGACUGGUCACGAAGAUAUCCACUACACGGAACACAAUGAAGACACCGCAGAGCACGUCAUAUCCGACGGCCACAUGCCCUCAAAUGUGGAGCAUGGAAAGGCAACUGAGAGACACCGUGUAGUGGUGACUGAGCCUACCGUGGUUGUGGGACGAGGUGCUGGCGGGGCAGGCUCGAACAAUGAAUACGAUCCACUCUUGCGUGAAACUCUCGUGCCGCCCACCAGCGGUCUGAUCACUCUGAUAGUGGGCGGUAUUUUGGCACUGGUGCUCGUUUCGACACUCAUUUUGAUAGCCUACUGCGCAAAGGGACCUUCGAAGCGACAUCCCUCGAACGGCGUGCAUUUGAUUAAGACCUCCAGCUUUCAGCGCUUGCCCACCAUUUCCUCUACGGCACACAAUUCGAUCUAUGUUUGCCCCUCGACAAUCACACCCACAUAUGCGACGCUGACGCGGCCCUUUCGCGAAUAUGAGCAUGAGCCUGAGGAGUUCAACCGCCGUCUCCAGGAGCUGACAGUCCAAAAAUGUCGCGUGCGCCUCUCCUGCCUCGUCCAAGAGGGAAACUUUGGGCGCAUCUAUCGCGGCACUUAUAACGACUGCCAGGAGGUUCUGGUCAAGACUGUGGCGCAGCAUGCAAGCCAGCUACAAGUGAAUCUUCUGCUUCAGGAAUCCAUGAUGCUCUAUGAGGCAACACACCCCAAUGUCCUAGCUGUGCUCGGCAUUUCUAUCGAGGACUUUGCCACACCAUUCGUGCUCUAUGCCGCCACCGGCAGUGUUCGCAAUCUAAAGACCUUCCUGCAGGAUCCAUCGUAUGCCAGAAGCGUUACCACCAUUCAAACGGUGCUAAUGGCCUCCCAGCUAGCCAUGGCCAUGGAGCAUUUGCACAACCAUGGAGUCAUUCACAAGGAUAUUGCAGCCAGGAAUUGUGUCAUUGAUGAUCAGCUGCGCGUAAAGUUAACCGACAGCGCCCUCAGUCGCGAUCUCUUCUCCGGUGACUACAACUGCUUGGGAGAUGGGGAGUACCGACCCAUCAAGUGGCUGUCGCUCGAGGCACUGCAGAAGUCGCACUACAACGAGGGCAGCGACGUUUGGUCCUUUGGGGUACUCAUGUGGGAGAUGUGCACGCUGGGCAAGCUGCCCUACGCCGAGAUUGAUCCGUAUGAAAUGGAGCAUUAUCUAAAGGACGGUUAUAGACUGGCACAGCCCUUCAACUGUCCCGACGAACUUUUCACUAUUAUGGCCUACUGCUGGGCCUCCAUGCCCGCCGAGCGACCCUCGUUCAGUCAGCUUCAGAUCUGCCUAUCGGAGUUCCAUACACAGAUCACCAGAUAUGUUUAACCUGCGGUAAUGAAGCACACCAAGACCUGUAAAUAUAACAAAAGGCGACGUCGUAAGAUUUCGCAGCAAACGAUGUCCGCAACUCUGUUCCCAAAGACAUAUUUAAAUUAAAGCGCCUAAGGGGCGUCUAAGAAGCGAUAAUGUGGGAGAUAUGGAUACGAGUGAGGGCCCACUGUUGUCCCCCACAAUAAAUAGUUACUUACUAAUUGUAGUAGUCGCUGGACCGAUUGGAGGCAACAUACCACGGUUCAGAAAAGUCGCAAAGUUGUGCACUGCACCAUAUUAAGCAGUUAGGUUAUUAGGACUAGGAUAGGAUAUUAUGAAAAUCGAAAAACAAGUGACAUUUAAAUGCAAGAAACAUAGUAGUUGAACGUAAACACCAGAAUACAUUUUAACGAGACACAUUCACGAAAGAAAACCCAGUUAAGGAUUCCCUGAGAAUCCCCACAUAAGCUAAAUCAUUUGGAUAACAUAACAUUAUAUAUAGAUACAUAGCUAAAGACAAGACCCAUAAUAAGGUACACAACCCUAGGCUAGGCGUAUACGAGUGUUGGCCUGGUUUAUCGGGACACUUUGGAGGAGCUCGGGCAUAAAUUCGACGUUUAUAAACAGCAAAAUAUAUAUUAUCGAAUAUCUAUGUAAAUGUAUUUAUAUGUGUAUGUAUAUGUAUAUGACUAAGAGCGUAGUGCUAGAAAACUCGAAUCUAAUGUAUUUAAUUAAUGUUAAUGACUUCAUGUCGAAAUCCAACGGUGCACUACAGAACUUCCCUAUUUAGUUCACCAGCAUCCAAGAUCCCAGGGACUGUCGAGUCGAGCCUAAAAAUUUUUUUUGUUACUUGAAAGUUUUGUAAUAUACUUAAGCAUUUCGCAUUAGUUUUAUGUUCCCCUUUAUGAGUUUUAUUUUAAGAAUAACGAAAGAAAACGAUUUCAAUAAACGUCCGUGCAUGAAAUUCAAAACCAAA